CUCUGGGUGGUGAAUCACUGUUUAAGCUGCCACCCUGCAGAUAGGGAGGGAUCAGGUGGAGGAAUCAUUUGCCUUCAGAGCAGCCAACAUGCAGCUGAUGCAUCCUGAGUUUGCAGUUGUUUUAGGAAUUGUUUUACUUCAGAUACAGAGUGUAAGGAUUUCCACUCAAGCUUCUGGAUGUUUGGCUUCAGUCGAGACCUGCAUGUCAGAUUUAUGCAGCUGUGAGCGGGCAUAUAUUGCUGGCAACUGUGAGGGUGACAGGUGCCAAAUAAAGGGCUCAGGGGGCUGUAACUUGACCAUCCAGACUGUACUGGACCAAUUUCCAUCACUGCAAGGGUGUGUGUGUACAUGGGAGGUGGAGCUCUGUGACUCCAUACAAGAACUGGCCACACAAUGCCUCCAAAAGCCAGGAAAUCAGCAGAGGAGGAUCCCAGUGAUUGACUGGAAAUCAAGUACUUUAGUGGACAACGCAUAUGAUCGUUCUGGAUCCUGUGUGGACCGAAUUGGUCUUUGUGUGAGUGAGUCUGUCUGCAACAGGCACCUCACACCUGUUCUUCAGGCAUGCAUGACUGAUCGGUGCGACAGUGGAAGAUGUCGGCAGGAAAUUCAGCAGUUCUAUGGAGGCAUGCCCCUACAGUGUGCAGAGAUGCUGGUGAUGUGCGAAUGUGAUGAUUCAGAUCAGAGUUGUCUGCUCAUGAAAACCGGUCUCCAGAGUGGGGCAUGUGGAGCAGAGACAAGAAUCUGCCAAGAAAGGCUCACUCAGUGUGCUCAGGACAGUAAGUGCAGAAACCUCUUAAAAACUCUCCAAGUUAAAUGCUGGAACCACGAUGAAACACUAUGCAAUGAAAGAAAUCUCCAAGAAAAUGAAUGCUUCACUCUAAAGGAUCCAGCUCUUAUCCUCGGUGCAAACUCUGAGUGUAAAAGAGCCUUCUUGGCUACCCUGGGCACAGUGCUUCACCACCCUUGCACAUGCAAAGGAGUCCACAAUGAUCAUCUUCAGAUGUGCAACAUGAUUCUUGAAGUAUUUCAUAACAGACUGCACUUCAUAAAAUUAGAGGAAAGCAGCAAUUGUACUUCGAAAUCACCCGAAAUCAAUGAGUCUGAGCAAGUUCAUAUGUGGUCAUAUGGUUUCCUUGUGAAUCUUUUUUCAGCUCUGUUUCUUGCUGGAGUAGUCAUAUUUUCCUCUCUGGUUUUUGUCAGUAAGAUUUGGUUGAAAAGGAGGAAUAAAAAGGAACUUAAUCAUCCAAAAAAAGCAAACCAUUGUGUUUUAUAAUGUUAUAUAUAUAUCCAUGGUGUUUUGUUUCUGUAUAUCUUGAUAUAUAAUAUGGCUCAGUUUAUCAAACAGCUGUUAUUCACUCCUAUGUUUUGUACUUUUGUGAUGAUUAAUGGAACAAAGUUUGGAUGUUCUAUGCAUAUAAAAUGUCUGAUUUGAUGUAGCAUUUAAGUUGUAUUGGAAUAAGAAAAGCCUUUAUAUUAUUUGAAGCUAUCUACAUCACUUUGUAGUUUUUGGCUGGGGGAUGUGUAGAGCAGUGGUUUUCAAACUCUACCCUAAGGAUGCACUGUCUUGUGUGUUUUACAUUUGUCUCUGCUCCUGCACACCUGCAUCAAAUGAUUGCAUUCCCUUCUCAGCAGCCACCAGGGGCUGCAUAGGCCUGCUAAUCACCCACUGAUUUAAGUCAGGUGUAUGGAGGCAGGGAAACACAUAAAACAAAAAGGACAGCUGAGACAAUGUUUAAAAACCAGUGGUGUAGAGUGCUGCAUCUUUCACCAGAAUCCUUUCAACUUUAAGUAGACUGU